GACUUCUGUGGCUGCGCACUUUCCAACGUCGUCAAGAGGAGGUGCUCGACUUUGCAGAUACUCCCUGUCCCUGCGCUAACACUCCAAUCUUACGCUGAUUCAUAGCCAUGCUUCUCGUCCUACUGCUCUUUGUGCUCAUCUUCUCCCCGCUACACGCUGCUUCUGCAAGGGACACCAUCUCCCCCGGCGAAACCCUCGGUGGCAGCGACGUGAUCGUCUCCAGCAACGGCAAGUACGCGCUCGGCUUCUUCAAAACCGGCAGUGAGUCUUCUGGCAACACCUCCAACUACUGGUAUUUAGGCAUAUGGAUCAACAGAGUCCCCACCAUGACUACGGUGUGGGUCGCAAACGAGGAUGCUCCGAUUGCUGAUCUGACGACGGCAGUGCUCACAAUCUCCUUAGAUGGCAACCUUGUCGUCCUUAACCAUGUCUCCAAAUCCAUCAUCUGGACCACCCAAGCCAACGUCACAACCAACAACACGGUAGCAACGCUGUCAGACGGCGGGAACCUCAUCCUACAGAAAUCUUUGGACCUCACAGAUGUCCUAUGGCAAAGCUUCGACCACCCUACAAAUAGUCUUCUCCCCGGCGCAAAGCUCGGUCGGGACAAGGUCACUGGUCUGAACCGCCGUCUUGUUUCAAGGAAGAACUGGGUCGACCAGGCUCCUGGAGCGUACUCGUUGGAGCUCGACCCCACAGGUGCUGCUCAGUUCAUCCUUGUAGAGCUAAACUCUGGCGUAACAUAUUGGUCCAGUGGAGUCUGGAACGGCCGGUUCUUCAACUCGAUACCGGACAUGGGUGCUUAUUCUGAAUUUGUGAACAACAGCAGAGAGGUGUAUUUGACAACUCCCUUGCAGGACGUGACAAUGGCCAUGCAUCUUUCGUUGGAAGUCUCUGGUCAGUUGAAGGCGUAUGUCUGGUACGAGCAGUUACAGGAUUGGGUUACUUCUGCUGUCCAACCAAAAUCUCAAUGUGAUGUCUAUGCAAUUUGUGGACCUUACACAAUUUGCGAUGAUAACGUAAUCCCCUCUUGCAACUGUAUGAAGGGCUUCUCCAUCAAGUCACUUAAGGAUUGGGAGCUAGGAGAUCGAACAGGUGGGUGUAUAAGAAAUAAGCCAUUAGAUUAUUGCAGUAACAACAAGGCAACGGGCUCAAGAGAUGGAUUCUACAACAUACCAUGCUUCAGAUUGCCCCAGAAUGCUCAGAGCACAACAGUUAUUGCUAGUGAAGGUGAGUGUGCACAAGCUUGCUUAAGUAAUUGCUCCUGCACUGCGUACUCCUUUGGCGACUAUGGCUGCUACGUCUGGCAUGAUGAACUGCUUAAUGUCAAACAGCAGCAGUAUAGUGACCUUACUAGUACUAAGGUGGAAUUCCUAAAGGUUCGCCUUGCUGCAAAAGAGUUGAAUAGUUGGGAAAACCAUAGAAGGGAAAUGUUAGUUUGGGUUGUUACCAGUGCAACUGUGGCUUUGUUUGGACUCGUCCUGCUACUGAUAAUUUGGAGGAACCGAAAAAUCCAGUAUUUUCGCAAAUUUAACGGUGUUCAGGGUGGCAAUGGGAUUGUUGCAUUUAGAUACAUAGACUUGAAGCAUGCAACUAAAAGUUUCUCAAUCAAGCUAGGGAGCGGUGGUUUUGGCUCUGUUUACAAGGGUUUUUUAGCUGACUCAACUGCCAUAGCAGUGAAAAUGCUUGACGGUUUUCGUCAAGGAGAGAAACAAUUCAGGGCUGAAGUGAGCUCAAUCGGAAUCAUCCACCAUGUUAAUUUGGUGAAACUGAUUGGUUUCUGUUGUGAGGGAAAUAAGAGAUUGCUAGUUUACGAGUACUUGCCAUAUCAUUCUCUUGAUGUUCAUGUAUUUCAGAGAAGUGUUACAUUUCUGAAUUGGAAAACUAGGUACCAAGUGGCCCUAGGAGUUGCUAGAGGACUGGCAUACUUGCAUGAGAGCUGCCGGGAAUGUAUCAUACACUGUGAUAUUAAACCACAAAACAUACUUCUUGAUGCAUCAUUCACUCCUAAAAUUGCAGACUUUGGAAUGGCAAAGUUCAUGCAAAGGGAUUCUAGCCGAGCCUUGACAACGAUGAGAGGAACUAUAGGUUAUCUUGCACCUGAAUGGCUUAGUGGAGUGGCUAUUACAACAAAAAUUGAUGUUUAUAGCUAUGGGAUGGUGUUGUUGGAAAUUAUAUCAGGAAGGAGAAACACAUCCGAACAAUGCACUAGUUGUGCUGACAAUGAUGUUUAUUUUCCUCUGCAAGUCGCAAAUAAUCUUCUCAAGGGCGAUGUGCAGGUUUUGGUAGAUCCUAAGUUGUGUGGAGAUUUCAGUUUGGAAGAGGUUGAACGAGUUUGCAAAAUUGCUUGUUGGUGCAUCCAAGAUAAGGACUCUGAUCGACCGGCAAUGGGUGAGGUUGUUCAGUUUUUAGACGGUCUACGUGAGGUCGAUGUUCCUCCACUCCCAAAAAUACUCCAAGCUGUUGCUGGAAGCCCACCAUUAUUAAACAAUAUGUAAUUUUUUUGCUGAAAUAAGUAUGUUUUUGUGAGGAAAGUAAAUUUUACUUGACAAUGAACUCUUGUGAGCAGUGAGCAUUUCUAACAUUCAAAAUUUAUCCACAACUAUAAGAGUAUCUGGCAUAAUUCCCCCCCUCCCAGGACUCAUCA